AUGAGUUGUACUGAAGAUUUUAAGUUUGAGGUAAAGACCGUCCCUCCAGGACAAAAUGUCACCCUGACAUGCCCUCGCCAGAGCUCUGUUCUCUACCAAGAAACUUUGUACUGGAUCCGCCUUGUUUCUGGAAAGUGGCCUGAAUUUCUUGGGGCAACAUUUAACUUCAUGGGCGAUGAAGAUUCCAAGAAUCGUCACAUUCAGACAAAACAAGACCGAGGAGAAUUUCUUCUUGAUGUUACUGAAGCUCAGCAGAAUGAUACUGGACUUUAUUACUGUAUUAAAGUCAGACAACUUGACUUCAUGUUUAUGAAAGGAACAUUUGUGAAGAUUGAAGGAAAGAAUUCAGAUGUAAGCGUUGUUCUUCAGAAGCCUCCAUCUGGUCCAGGUCAUCCAGAAAACCCAAAGGCUUUACAGUGUUCAGUUCUGUCCAACUCAGAGAGGUCAACAUGUCCAGCAGAUAACAGAGUGUACUGGUUCAAAGCUGGGUCAGAUGACUCUCAUCCCAGUUUACUUUAUUUACAAGGAAACAGUUUAGAGGAAUGUGACAAUAGUUUAGAGGCUCCAUCAAUACAGAAAUGUUUCUACAACUUCUCUGAGACGGUAGACCCUGGAACGUAUUACUGUGCUGUGGCUGCAUGUGGUCAGAUAUUAUUUGGAAAUGGAACAAAACUGCAUAGUAAAGAAGCCAUCAAUAAAUCAGAGCACAUCCACAUUUUCAUUUGCUUUGGCUUGGCAAUAAGCCUCAUCUUUUUAGUUUUCCUUACUUUUAUCAUCAAGCAAAGCAAUGGCAACGUGCCAGCAAAUUUUUACACUGCUGUCAUUUUCACAGUAAUAACUCCUAAAUGUGGAAAACAGAAAACAAACACACAGAGGAUCUACGCUGCUGUUAUGGAUUUUAUACCGGAUUAGUGGUGAAAUACAGAGUGAAACUCAGCUUAUUUAUAUAGAGCUGCAAUAGAUCCAUACUAAACAUCAUAAACUAUAAACGGUAAAAAAAAAAUCAAAUACAUUAAACCACCCACACAGACGAAACCUAAACCAGCUG